AUGCUCGACGCGGUCGUGUUCCAGCAGGUGCUGACCAGCAAGGCUCAUCAGGGGACGAUUGGAUUCGACGUGUCCCGAUACGCGGCCGCCUUCAUCGAGCUCAUCAAUUACCAGCGGCGGAUCGCCUCGAACACUGACGUGGGUUCCACGGACAUCAGCGAGCGCGUUGUCGCCAAGAGUUUGAUGGGCGAAAGGAUGGGCGACAGGCCCGCCGAGAGCCUGGACGAGCGGCGGCCCUCCGCGUCGUCCCUGCAGGACACAAUGCGCGAGUUCGGCUCGUGGCUGACGGCAAGGAGGCCGUCCUCGAAUUCUAUCAGCGGGUCGGGCCUGGGAUCGAGGACCUCCUCCAAGUCGCCGCGUCGGCUGCACUUCCCGUGGAGGACGUCGGAGCCCGUCGCUGUGGCCCCCCCCGAGCGCACCGACUCCUUCGCGCUGAACGGCUGCGAUCGGUCACAGUCCGCGUCCUUAGCGACAAUCUUCGGGGCCGACGGGGUCCUCCCCGCCGAACGCGCCGCCGAUCCGUGA